UUUGAACACAUUAGAAAUCUUUUAAUUAAAUAACCUCAAUUUCUUCAAUAAACAAACCGCGCGAUUUCUCACUAGCUAUCGUGGGAUGACAUAAAGCAGACUCUAGUGAUGUAGUUUAGAACUACAACGCAUUCCAUCAAGCAUCUAGACACAGUGUUCGACCGUGUCACACAGUGCCGCUCUGUGUCUCCUAGAUGGAAAGCUCCCACAGUUAGAGUUGUAACACGUAAUUGCAGGUAGACGCAGUUCAGAUGUUCCUCGGAUAGGAUGCGGGCAGAAACAGUUACAAGUUGUAACACGUUAUUGCAGGUAGACGCAGUUAAGAUUUUCCUCGGAUUGUUCUUUGUCUGUACGUACCGGUUGUGGAUUGAUUCGCAGUUCUAACAGUCCUAAAACAAUUUUGACUUUUGUAGCUUCAGUCGUCGAAAAAUUCAGGAAAAUGUAUCGGCUCUUUGUGACGGUAAUCACGGUAAUCAACUUCGCGUCAAUCAACGCGGAGUUGCAUAGAAUUCCGUUACACAAGACAUACUCUGUUGAAAAAUUUUCGACGGAAACUGUGAUACCACUCCGUUCGGGACGUUCAGGUACGGCAAACGUAUCUCUGAUUAAUUAUCUGAAUAUUCAAUACUGCGGUACUAUCGAAAUUGGAACUCCACCGCAGACAUUUAAAAUACUUUUCGACACUGGUUGCUCAGAUCUCUGGGUACCAUCCAAAAACUGCAACGUCAGCCAACCUGCUUGCUUGAAACAUAAUAAAUAUGAUAGUGCACAGUCCACCACAUAUAUACCACUGAAUUAUACCAACGAAUUAUUUUAUAAAGACGAUGGCGGUGUGUAUGGGUUUUUAGUUAAUGAUGACGUAAUCAUUGCUGGCCUUAAUGUUUCAUUCCACACAUUCGGAGAGGUAACCAAUUUCGCGACAAACUUUUGGGACUAUGCAGAAUGCGACGGCGUUCUGGGGAUGGGUUAUAAAGACUUAUCCCAUUUUAAUACGCCUAGCGUCUUUCAAAGCUUGAUUGAUGAACAAAUGAUGUCCCAAAAAAUUUUUAGUUUCUAUCUAAAUCGAAAUCUCUCGGACGUGAUCGGCGGUGAACUGAUAUUGGGUGGUUCUGAUCCCGCUUAUUAUGACGGCGACUUUACGUAUGUUAAUGUUACCCACAUAGAAUACUGGAAAUUUAAAAUAGAUAAGAUUCAAGUAAAAAAUUACACCUCUUGCUCGGAAGGCUGUCAAGCUGUCGUCGACACGGGCGCUCUUAAGGUAGCCAAAUGCCUCGUCAUCUAA